CAACCUGACCGGAAAUGGAAAUGCCCCUCCAGGGCUCUGGCAGGAGCAGGGAAGCCCUCGGGUAAGGGCUAGGUGACAGAUGGCACCCUCAAUCCACAGCAGUGGUUGUCCCCACUUAUUCUGUGUGGUAGGAACCAAAGCCUCUAAGGCCUGGAGUAUUAACAGAGCCCUUCCUGCUACUGUUCAUCUGGAGCCUCACGUAAGAGCACGAGACCAGGAAGCAGAGGACAGAAAGGAGAACUAGGCAAGAGAACAUUCUACUGUCUAGACUGAGACAGAUCCUUCUCCACUCUUGGCCCUGAUGUGGGCACAGGUGACAGCGGAGCUGAAGAAAUGAUUCCCAGAGUAAUAAGAUUGUGGCUGCCUUCAGCUCUGUUCCUCUCUCAGGUCCCAGGCUGUGUCCCACUGCAUGGCCCCAGCACUAUCACAGGCGCUGUUGGGGAAUCGCUCAGUGUGUCAUGUCAAUACGAGGAGAAAUUCAAGACUAAGGACAAAUUCUGGUGCAGAGGGUCACUGAAGGUACUCUGUAAAGAUAUUGUCAAGACCAGCAGCUCAGAAGAAGUUAGGAAUGGCCGAGUGACCAUCAGGGACCAUCCAGACAACCUCACCUUCACAGUGACCUAUGAGAGCCUCACCCUGGAGGAUGCAGACACCUACAUGUGUGCGGUGGAUAUAUCACUUUUUGAUGGCUCCUUGGGGUUCGAUAAGUACUUCAAGAUUGAGUUGUCUGUGGUUCCAAGUGAGGACCCAGUCACAGGUUCGAGCCUUGAGAGUGGUAGAGAUAUCCUGGAAUCCCCCACAUCCUCAGUUGGGCACACUCAUCCCAGUGUGACCACAGAUGACACAAUUCCUGCUCCCUGCCCUCAGCCUCGGUCUCUUCGGAGCAGCCUCUACUUCUGGGUCCUGGUGUCUCUGAAGUUGUUCCUGUUCCUGAGCAUGCUUGGUGCUGUCCUCUGGGUGAACAGGCCUCAGAGGUGCUCUGGGGGAAGCAGCUCUCGGCCCUGUUAUGAGAACCAGUGAAGUCUGUUGACAUCAAGGCCCUGUCCCUAAACACAGCUCCUCUGGUGGCUGAGGACAGCCAGUAAAUACAUAUUUCUUGAGAAUGCUCUGAGACUUUUAGAAGAUUCUCUGUGGUGUAU